GACCCAACCUGCUUCCUGGGCUCUGUUCUUUAUCAGGCCAUUCACCCCACAUUAGGAAACCUGUUCUGGAGAGAAUUUUUUUCUGGAGUUCAAUGAAGAAGAAAGCACCAUGUCCCCACUGGGAUCUGGGAGGAAGAACCCCACUUCCACCCUCGCCAGAAGCUUUCACAUCACUUCUUAAACCUUAUGAGGGUAGAUCAUCCAUUGGGAAACAGAGCAGAGGAUUGUAUGGAAGGGCUUCUGUAGCAGCUUUGGGUGGGGGCUCCAAAGCCAAUACUCCAAGAAAGAUCCUCCUAUGCAGAUCCCCUCCUUGAUCCCCACUGAUGCUUUUCUCCAUCCUUGCAGAAGAUCCAUUUUUUCUUCUCCCCUUUAUGAGUAGCUUUCUGGCCUCAAGAGUUCUGCAGUCAUUAAGGCAUUUCAAUGGGUUAUCAGAAAUGCUCCAGCCAUACAAUUCACACUGGCUGCAAUAGUUAACUUCACUACCACUUCUCCCAACACUGACAUUCUCUCCAUUUGCUCCCCCACUCUCCUAGCCCCCCCAAAAAAAUCAGGUUCUGGGUAUAGUGGGGCUGAACUUGGUGAACUUUGAUAGAAUCACCCUUACCUUUGUAAGGUCUUUGUGGUUUGUGGGGUCAGUAGAGGGUGCUUAUCUGGUUUAGGGUGAAACCACAACUGAUGACAGGUCAGUAGGGCUUGGAAUCUCCCCAGCAGAGUUAUUGGGGUGGGGGAAAGGAGGCUCUUUCACUGGACCAUUGAGUUCUGAGCCAUUCUCACUGCCCCCCCCCCCCCAGGAUUCCAGGAGUUUGGGUGAAGCUUGGUAUAGGAGGGGGAUCCUGCCAUGGGGAGAAGCCUUUGGGAGAAAGAUGGACCUGCAGCUUAGGAACACAGCUAGGCUAAACCCAAACAGUUUUUCAGGGCUGGGAACACCUCAUGUGAUAACCUGAUGGACUGGCACUUGGACCUAAGUGGAAGUCGUAUAGAUCAGUAAGGAGAGCUCUUUUGAGGCACCAGCUCAGACACUGAGCAUCUUGUCUACAUCAGAGGACUCAGGCAGUGGGGGAGGGAGACUGAGAAGCUUUUUGGUUUCCUGUUCGCUGAGUCAGAGCAUCCCCUCCCUCAUCCCACCGUUUGCUUUUGAUGGGGUGGGGAGCAGAUCAUGCCCUUGGGAGAUUCAAAUUGGGAUUUUCUCAUUCCUUUACAACCGUACCAUACUUCCUGACCUGGCCCCUUCUCCACAGGCCAGUCUCCCAGAGCACAACAACUCCCUGCAUGGCAGUGGUUCAGGCUGCUCCCCAGCCCCAAGCCCCUCCAGCCCUUUGGGGCCUGAGCUGCCUGGCCUUGGGAAUUAUGCUUUGUGCCUUGUGCACCACCUGCCACAGGAAUGGUAAAAGAAGGCAGCAGUCUGUGCUAAAGGUAGUGGAUGAGUCUUUACUGAGACAGAUGCAGCUCCAUUCACUCAGCAAGUCAGACUCCAAACUGCAUGAACUCAACCGAGGCACCAGGAACAGUAAAGCCCAGCGACCUACCAGCAUUGACCUCCUGUACCCACGGUGGCCAGGAGGAAUCAAGGCUGAUGUUCAGAUGACCACAGUGCCUCCCGUCUUUAUUCACCGUGAGCUACCUCAGCCUCCCCUUGCUUUAGACCUCUUGGCCAUUGAGUCUACCUAUUCCAAUGUGAGGGAGGCAGCUGUCCCAAGCGUUCCUCCAAUGACACAGUGUGGAGGGGAACAGCCCAUGAUUUCAGAGAAGUCAGUGAUAGCAGAGUAUGCCUAUGUUCGGAAGAUCAAGAAAGGGGCUGAGGUGGGACCCAGCCUGACAAGUCCCAGUGAUUCAAUCCCUCUGGAGAGAGGAGCUCAGCAACAUGAAAUAGCAACUGAGGUGGACGUCCUGUAUUCCAAAAUCUGCAAGCUAGGCCGGAAACCCUUGGAAGCCACCUGGAACAGAGCUCCCUGUAACCAACUGGACAGAAAUACUCAGGCCCCAGUAGUGGAGGCUGAAGAUGAAGAGAGCCAAAGACCAGCCACAAAUUCCUCCUACAGGACUAUCAGCCCCACCUGUGGCAAGAAGACAGAAAAUGGGCCCACUGAGAAUUUUUAUGAGAGCAUCAGCGAAAUGGAGGGACUUGGAAAGGUAGCCCUCCCAGGGUUACUUGGUAGGGCACAGACUCAUAGACCCUCUGAAGGUUUCUGAAAAUGAGGGGGGGGAAUAAAGGCAAAAGGAGUUCA